ACUGCGUGCUUUUCCUGUCUCUCACCUCUGACCUUUUCUCUCCUCAGUGCUAUAUUUUCUGCGUUCUGUUCAGCACUGGAGACUCAAUAGGUACCUCCUUCCGUCCUCUGUACUCCGUCCAUAGGUACAGUGCCUUAGGCAAAUCCACCGACGCCACUUGUUUGACCCCCGGAAAAAGACGGGACUUCGGGCUACUGCUGCCCAGUGCCCGCACCCAGUACUACUCGGUAUCCCAGCUCCAGAGACUUGUACAAAUCAGUGACCGCCAAGGGAAGACCACGGCCGCUGGGAACCCGCCUGACCAAACCGCCUAAGCAUCAAUUUUCUAGGGCUUGGGGCUCAGUGGGCUCCUCAACAAAAGUGUCUCCCUCACAGAAUCACGGACUGAAUGACAGACAGGCAGACAGCAUUCCCGAUCACGGCCUGCCUCCUCUGCUCGAAUAUCAACACCCCCAACUUGGUUGGCACAAGGGACGAACCCAGCGCCGCCCCCGACCACCUUCACCGAACUCCGUUAGGCCUCGUUCAAGUCGACACAAAUGGGGCUGUGAUUCCACGACGCCAGCUUCCCUCGGCCGGAUCAACCAGUCAAGACGCGUCGGCGAGUCGGGCCCAUUCUUAUCCAGUCGAACGACACUUAUCGCUUGGUCGCUUUUGGGGCCUCAUCCUGCAGGCGACCUUUGGGACCUUUGGCUCCCCUUUGGGUUCUGACCACUGACCACUGACCACUCCUGUCCCAGCACCACACCGCGAGCCCACGAACCACUGGCAUCGCACAGACGCAAAAUCCACCACCCACAUCGCCCGCUGCCACUCCCCUCCCACUUUCCUCGUGUGCUCCCCGCCCAAUUCGACGAUCCGCAAAACCCUGCAUGCACUGCUCACCGCCUCUUCUCACCCGCUCUCGCCCUCGCACCUGACGCCCGCCUCUCAAGUCGAGCUCGUUUUGAGCGGUCACUUCCUGUACUCUUGUCCUCACUUUCCUCCCUCUUUGCCUUUUCCUCUCGACAGCUCACUCUGCUCUUGCUUCACGAGGCCCGUAAGAGAGAGAGAAACAAUCGACCAGCCUGUGCUCGAGACGCCUUGUCCUCCAGAUCCCGCAUAUCCCAUCCCACGAGGCUGACUGUCUGACAUAUCUUAUCAAACAUGGCGGGCAACGUCGCCCUGACCAGUGAAGACCUUGCCUAUGAUCUCGAUUCAAGAAGCGCCUCUUUCUUCCGGAAUCAUGCCUGGCCUAUACCAAUCGACCCAGUGGCUGCUACUCGGUCAGAUCCAAGGAGGAACAUUUCUCCAAUCCAGACCAACAGCCAUGGCCUGCGCCAGACCACAAUGGCAGAACAUCCCAUGAUGGAUACUUGGAGGUUCCAACAACAACAACAACAACAACAUCAGCAGCACCACCAUCAUCAACAACCGCAGCCGCAGCAGCCCAGCAUCGACUAUGCCAAUCCUCAACCGCCGUACGAUUUGCAUUACGAUGCCCAGUUUCACGGCAUGUCUUUACACCAUUCCCAGAUGACCAUGAUGCCGGUCUCGCAGGCACCGUUGGCACCUGGCUUACCGCUCGAAGCCGCUUACCUUCACCUCGAGUCCGGGAUUGAAGGCAUGCCCCAGAACUGGGCAGAUCUCCAGAGCGAAUUGAUCAACUAUACGACGACGGAUGUCGGGCUGGCUGUUUCACCAUAUCAGCAGAUGACCAGCUCUCCCACGGGCUCCCACCUCGAAGUUCUCUCGCAGCCCAGCUCUUGUGACGAACACGGGUGGACGAUGGUCGAGCCACGAACGUCGUUUGAAUCUUAUGAGCGACAAAUCUUCGUUGACCCCAACCAAACCGUGCACAAUAGGACCUUGUCGGAAUCCUCAUAUUCGGACCUCGAACAACACAGUCAUGGUGCUUUCAUGUCUAAUCUCGACAUGGGUACUUCUCAGGCAGUGUACUCGCCGACCAAUUUGUCGGACAGCGACUUUGAAUAUCCAGGACAUACUCACCGCCUAUCAAUAGACCACGGCUCGGCUCCGUCCAUGAGUGUCAAUCCCUCCGCCCUCGUGCGACCGAUCCCCAUCCCCUCGGCCAAGUCAUCCGCACCGUCGAUACGAUCGCCCGGCUCCCAAGGCUCAGCCGGGUCCCCUGGCCGCAAGCCUUCCCGAAAGAGUCCCAUAGCUGCCAAAUCGACCGACAAGGUCAUGAAAAAGUCAUCACCCGGGGGCAGGGUGGAAGGAGAGAAGCGGGUUGGCCGAAGAAAAGGACCGCUCCGACCUGAGCAGCGGAAACAAGCCAGUGAGAUUCGGAAGCUGAGAGCCUGCCUGCGAUGCAAAUUCUUGAAGAAGACAUGCGACAAAGGAGAGCCUUGUGCUGGAUGUCAACCGUCGCACGCUCGCCUGUGGCAAGUCCCCUGCACUCGCAUCGACAUCAAAGAGAUUGGGUACUUUUUGAAGGAUUGGAAGUUCGACUAUGAGAGACACAUUUCGCUCGGCUUCUCUGUGGGCAAUAUCAAGGGUUUCUCCGAUACCGAAAAGACACUGUUCAUCACCCAUGGGUACGGCCACAUGCUCCCUGUCACCGCCCGAGAAGUGUACGUCAGGGAUGAGACAUGUCUGAAGAUGGACUGGAUUGAGGCCAAUUCAUUCGCACCCGAUGGCUAUGAAGUGUCGACGGCCAAGCUCUCGGCUGGCAUGGAAGGCAUCUCGACCACGAUGCUGAGUGACUACCUCGACCGACACAUUGACGGCACCGGCACGUUUGAGAAAUUUGUGGAUGACUACUUUGAGGGCACACCCUUCCUCUCACAGAUGCUCAAGACGGCGUACCGGUUCUACUUCAAGACCGGAUCCAAGAUCAUCAAGAAGGCGUUGAAGUUGAUGCUUGCCUACAAUUUGACGCUACACAUCACCAUGGUGGAAGGAGUGCCAAGCGAAGAGUCAUUCGUCGGCAAGAUCGAAGAGCAGACAUCCAAAUUCUUCGGCAAGACGAUGGCUCCGGUCAUGAUCAACUUCCAGAUCAAGUGUGCCAUGGCUGAUAUGUGGCGUGAGUUGCACAAGGACGUUCUUGAAGAAUUGUCCAGCCUGUAUUCGAGCGUGUACAGUGGAGACAAGCUCAAGAACUGGCCCACUAUCUUCAUCCUGGCAUCGGUCCUGUUGGCUGUCUGGGAGUGCAUGCAGUUUGACUGCCACUACCGUGUUCCCGAUUCCGCGGCUGUGGAGAAGUUCUGCAACGACAUGGAAACUACCCCCGUUGGCGUUGUGGUUGGCCUUUUCCAGGCCAUCUCUCAAAAGCUCCCGUCAUUCCUUGAAUGGGACACUUCGAAGCACCACGCGCUCCUGGCAUCCAACAUGGAUGUAUGCAACACGAUGAGUGAGGUGCGAGAACAUGUUACGAGAUACGAAAACUAUUUACGAGGUCGACCUAACGCACGGUUCGACCGCAAGGACUUCGAUUCGUUGUCGAACAAAUUCCUUGCCAAACUUGUGAUUCGAGCGAACUAGAUAUGAUGCAUUUACGGCUUACGAUGAGAAAGUCCUGUCGUUGCAGAUCUCACGAGAUAUUUGACGUCUCUCACGAUACGUUGCUUCUUGAUUUUUGUUUUCACGUGUAUCGGAUGGACGACUGAUGAACGACCACGGCGUUAUGACGACGACGACGAACGCACUCACUGGCAUGAAUCUGGCCUCGAAAUUUUUUUUUUGGGUCUCGAUUUUUUUACGUAUAUAUAUUUUUGUGUCGAAGGAUCGGUCUAUGGAAGGAGGAAUGGGACGAGGAACGACGGCCACGGGGAAAGGCAGUGGGGUUUCUUUUUGGAAGCAUGAACAAGGACGGCGCCGUGCAUGCAAUGAGCGUUUCCAAGCAGAUCCUGCACCAUCUCAACCAAUUGUCAUAGUUGGCGAGGUCAUUGGGUGGGAAUGCACCGUUCAACCAGUUACAUAGACCGCAAAGAAAAAAAAGGGAGAGAAGAAAGAGGAGGAUCCUCACGGCUAACUGUCGGGCAAUUACUACUGGCAUGGUCAUGUUUUGUUGAGGGAGGGAGUGCUGCCUUCACAGGACCCGGGGAAGAGGUUUGAGAUGUAUGAAGAGCGUGCCAGCAUUGAGAAGCGAAUCACUAUCACUAUCAUCCACUCGUAAAUCGAGACGAGCGGACCACUCGAGCAGCAAAAGUUCAUUUGGUACUUGAGCACCAGUUUUUGAGAUCAACGCGUUGUUUCCCUUUUCUUAUCGUAUCUACCAGGACG